AUUAAACUUAAGAGACAAAGCAUUACUAUAAAUAACCUUUUGAAUUUUUUGCAGAAAAUCAACAACCUUUUCUACUAAGAAAUCAGAAAUAUCAAACGCAAAUAGUAUAAAAAUAUAUUAAUUAUCCUUUCAAGUAUAUUUUAAAAAUUCCCCGAUAAUUUUUUUUUGACACAUAGUAUGAAAAAAACAUUAUCAAAGAUGUCUAUGGAUGCAAACUUUGGUCUCAUCUCAUUAUCCCAUCUUCUUCUUCUUCUUGUCCAUACAAAUUGUCUUUCAGGUCCCACAAAAAGUGUAUGAUUUUAAGAAUGACUUUUCUUGAAGCCUCAGAAAAUUACCCUUCUGGCUAUUUCCAUGGCGACCCAUUUACUCAUAUCUCCCUUUUCACUCUUCACAAACCACUCACUAAAACCACCUUCAUUCUUUCAUUCCACCCUCUCUGCAAACUCAACCCCUCUUCUUCUCCCAUGCAUAAAAAAAUGCUCCAUUUUGUGUAACCCAACAACUCCUAUAAGGUUGAAUUCAAGUUUCUUGCAGAAGGGUAGUCAUGGAAAUUCUAAAAGCAGACAGCUUUCAACUAAGUCAGCUGAAACUGAUUCUGGAAGCACUUCUUCAUUGACCCAAAAUGUGUUUGGGUUGUUACAUUUGAUUGUGUCUCUGGGGCUUUUUCUUGCUCUGGAUCAGUUUUUGAAGAAAGCAUUUGUGGCUGCUGCUAUCAAAUUCCCUAGUGCAUUGUUUGGGAUGUUUUGUAUAUUCUCAGUUUUGAUAAUUCUUGAUUCUACUGUGCCACCUGCAGCUAAAGCAUUGGUGAACUUCUUUGAACCGGCUUUUUUGUUCAUUCAGAGAUGGCUCCCUUUGUUCUAUGUUCCUUCAUUGGUCGUCUUGCCCCUUUCUGUUAAAGAUAUUCCUGCUGCUUCUGGCAUCAAAAUUUGCCUUAUUGUAGUUGGAGGAUGGCUAGCUACACUUUGUGUUGCUGGUUACACAGCUAUAGCAGUAAGAAAAGCCGUCAAGACACAAUUGGUAGAUGCGGAGCCUAUGGGAAAGCCCUCUCCAUUUUCUACAGUUGAAGUGUGGACAUGGAGUGGUAUUCUCCUAACAUCAUUUGUUAGUGCACUAUAUUAUCCAACAUUACUAGGGACAAGUGCCAGAACAUCCCUUCCGUUUUUGCUUGCAUCCACUGUGUUAGGCUACAUAGUUGGUUCUGGGUUGCCAUCAAAUGUGAAGAAAGUCUUCCAUCCUAUAAUUUGCUGUGCACUAUCAGCAGUUCUGACAGCAUUUGCUUUCGGGUAUUUUUCCAAGUUAGGGCUUGAUCCUGUUCUAGGAUAUUACCUUACGAAAGUAUCCGCCGAUCCUGGAGCUGGUGACAUUUUAAUGGGAUUUUUGGGAUCUGUUAUUCUCUCCUUUUCCUUCUCUAUGUUCAAGCAAAGAAAGCUUGUGAAAAGGCACGCGGCUGAGAUUUUCACCUCUGUAAUCAUCUCAACAAUAUUCUCGCUGUACUCAACCGCCCUUGUUGGACGUCUUCUUCAAUUAGAACCAUCCUUAACUGUUUCCAUUUUACCCAGAUGUAUAACAGUGGCGUUGGCCCUCAGCAUUGUGUCCUUGUUUGAUGGUGCCAAUCCAUCUCUCACUGCAGCAGUGGUUGUAGUAACUGGUCUGGUUGGGGCAAAUUUCGUGCAAGCAACUCUUGAUAAACUCAGAUUCAGUGAUCCGAUUGCUCGAGGAAUAGCAACUGCUUCUAGUGCUCAUGGGCUCGGAACAGCAGCAUUGUCUGCUAAAGAACCUGAGGCUCUCCCAUUUUGUGCCAUUGCUUAUGCUUUGAAUGGCAUAUUUGGAUCUUUACUAUGUUCAGUUCCAAUUGUAAGAGAAAGCUUGCUUGCAAUUGUUGGUUGAAAUUCUCUUAUUAAUAUCAGAACCUGCUACUAUUUUCAUUCUUUUAUAUAUGCCAUAACUUCCAUUGUUUAUAUGGCAAAUGUACAAAUGUAUAGAGUAAUAUUGUGAACCAUAAUUUUUGUAAGUAGCACCAUUUUGUCAAUUGUAUAGGAUGCAACAAUCUAUUCAUUUAUGAUUUAUAUACAUCAUAUAUAUUUUGUGAUGUCAA